UAUCAUAACCGGAAUAAUCAUUUUUCUUAUCUUCAAAUACCAUAAGUGUGGUCUGAUCGUAUCCACCAUGCUCUAUUUAUAAACCUGGUAAUCGCAAGGUACACCGCGUCGCGGCUGGCUGUUGAAUCGACCACGGUUCGCGACUUGGCCCGCCCAUGCCCAAUAUAUCUUUUUCUGACAGCUCAUUCGUUCGUUCAGUGUGUAGUAUAGCUUAGUAGUAACGCGUUGAUUGACAGCUUUACAGGCAUCGGCCGAUACAGGAGACAGCAUACUUGCUAAACAAGGAUUGUGAUGAUAGUGUGUAGAAACGUUUACUAACAUUGACAGUUUUGUAUUCCUUUGACAGAAUCACGGAUUUGUUUAUGCCAACCGGAUAUUCGUUGUCGCGAUUCGGGGAAGCAUCAGUGGAUUCGGACAUCCCGGGCUUGGACCUUAACUAGCCUUUGCCUUGGACUAGUAAAGGAAAGUCCAUGGCUCAAAGGUUGGAGAAUGAAUACCCGGCACACUAUCCGGGCAGCGCGAUAGCGGGCAUGGAGAGCAUGUACCCCGACCAUCACCGAAACUCGCUCCCAGGCGGGCACUCUUUGCCCCCUCAUAGUGUGAACCAUGGGGGAUCUAUGCACUCUUCUUACCCCCCAUAUUCGGCAAGCACAAAUUCUAUGGCCGGCAUGGGGGGAAAUCCUACACAAGACAGUCAGUUAAAAAGAGACAAAGAUUCAAUAUAUGGGCACCCGUUGUUCCCGUUGCUAGCGUUGAUAUUUGAGAAAUGCGAGCUGGCGACCUGUACCCCCCGGGAGCCGGGGGUGGCGGGUGGCGACGUCUGCUCCUCAGAAUCCUUCAACGAGGAUAUAGCCGUGUUUAGUAAACAAGUUCUGGCACGUUCAGACAAGCCGUUAUUUUCAUCAAAUCACGAGCUGGAUAGCCUGAUGAUACAGGCUAUACAAGUUCUUCGUUUCCAUCUCUUGGAAUUAGAAAAGGUUCAUGAACUGUGUGACAAUUUCUGCCAUCGAUAUAUAAGUUGUUUAAAAGGCAAAAUGCCUAUAGACUUAGUGAUAGAUGAACGCGAAGGAACCGGAAGUACUACUUCCAAGAGCCCGGAAAACCCGGAUCCUUCAGAUCUUCAAGAUCCGCGAUCACCUCCCUCCGCGCCCAACACGUUACCUCCAUUUAGCUCCCCUGAUGACGCUCAGUCCACGCGAUCCAAUGAUACUCCUAUCACUAGUCAAUCAAACACAAACUCAUCUCAAAAUGCAGACAACACAAGUGAAGCAGGGGACUGCUUAGACAACAGUGUUGGGUCAGGGGAAGGAACUGCGGAUGAGGACUCCGAAGAUAGAAACCCCAAACGACAAAAGAAACGGGGCAUUUUUCCAAAAGUUGCUACAAAUAUAAUGAGAGCAUGGCUCUUCCAACAUUUAACUCAUCCAUAUCCGUCUGAAGAACAAAAGAAACAAUUAGCACAAGAUACGGGAUUAACUAUUUUACAAGUAAAUAAUUGGUUUAUAAACGCACGGCGGCGGAUAGUCCAACCUAUGAUUGACCAGUCAAAUAGAGCUGCUCCCGGUGCCCAUGCAGGUUACAACCCUGACGGAUCUCUGGCCUGGGACAACCACAAUAUGCAAAUGGGCCCCCACAGCAUGUACGGCAAAUGGGUACCAGGAAUGCCAGGGGCUGAUAUGUACGACCCAAUGAAAGCAGGGUACCACCAUAUGGACAGCUCUCAGCGCUACGACAUGCUGGCGGGAAUGCACGGUGCGGACAUGUAUGGUACGCCGCCCGUCAGUAGCGCCUAUUCACAAAUGUCACAGCUGCACGGACGCGGUACAAACUCAAUGCUUAUUCCUGGACACCCGCAUCACAUGAUGAUGGGUCACGGCGCGCAUGCCAUGAGCCCGCACGGAAUGUCAAUGAGCUCCGCACAGAGUCCACCGUUGCAUGGCAGCAUGGACAUGGGUCACAUACAAGACAUUCACGCCGGCUAGGGGAUUUGCACUUGACAUUGCCUGAGAACGGCGUGAAUCAGAUAUUGUGUCACUUGAAACAGUAUGGGUAUUGUGUCCGUGAGUCCAUGAGUAUGUGGCCGCGGGCCGUACAAGUGGCAAGUGCACGUACAUCUACAGGGUGAAAUUUGUAUUAAAUGUCUAUAAGUAUUAAUGUUGAACAAUUACACUGCAGCUAAGAACAGAAGCUGUUGAGGAUGACAAUGCAUCUGCAGUUUGACCUGAUGUGUUUUCAUAUGGCAUGAGGAUGCAGAAACAUUCGUCAAAAUACGGGUGAUUAUUUAUCGUUGUAUUAAUCGAUUAGUACAAUUACGUAACUACGCCGUUUCAAUCUGAAAGCAAUAAGACCAUGACCUCGGUCACAAAGUACUGCUGAUAUAAAACUACCUUUGAGGGAAAGAAUGGGCAACAGGGAAACAUUUAAGUGAAUUAUGUUCAGGGAAUAAAAUUCCUAUUGCCCUAGGUGUGCUUUUACCUGGAAAACAUAGCUAAUCAAUCUUUGCAGAGUGAAAAACAUCCCUAAUCAAUUGUUGCAGAGUGGUAUUGUGACGUUUUUGCUGUAAACAAAAACUUUAAAUACAACUGAAAUGGUACGUUGGUGCAGAAUUACUGAAGAUAUUAUAGAAAUAGUAGGGCUAUUCUGCAAUAUGUGAUUGCAGAGUAGCAGUGAACAAGUGUUCCGCCAUACCAUCGCAAACAUUUGCCCAGUGGCCAACUACACAUAUUUUGGCAUACAAUCACAAAAACGUGUGCCCCAGGACAAUAGAGUUUCUUCAGGAGUUCCAACUAGAGCUAGUCACUUCGUAAGAGCAUGCAAGAGACUGGAAGAGCUGAUUGUUGACUUCUCCAUGGAAACCAUAACUACACCAACCUUCUAUUUUUGGACUAGUUCUCUCCCUUGUUGAAUCUUGUGUUUUACUUUUCCAGUAUUUACCUAGUCUUAUGUUAUAUUUGAUUUUGGUUUUUGUUUUUACGAGUGUGCUAUGAGCUGUUGUUUGUUUUCGGACCUUUAAUGUAUAAAUAUUCUUUGAUGUGCUACCUGACUGUUUUUGUUUUGUUGUUAAUGUAUUUUACUCUUGAGAAAUUAUUUAACAGCUAAUUGUGAUGCUCAUUAUGCAGAAUGUCAACAGCUUAAAACCAAAUAAUAAACUCGAGUAUAUUAUUAAAAAAAGACAAAAGGUAUUAAAUUUCAAAGAUGUAAAACUGUUUGCUAUGGUGUUACCACCGUAUUCUUAUUGUUUCUUUCCAACUUAAUCUUGUUUUUUAACCCUAGAUUUUUUCACACAACAUACCUCAAGACACACAAAAUUUGUCGGCCAUACAUAGAUCUGACCAUGUUAAUUAGUGCCACAAAAAUCAUAAUGCUUUGCAUUGCAUUGUAUGUAUUUUUUCCAUGACAGAAGAGCAUUCAGCUAGACUUGUAUUCAUUCCAUAUUGCUUGCUCGGUAUUUUUUGUUUGUAACUGAUACAACUCACUGUAUUUCACUUAUCUUGACAAUACACUAUCACUUAACCUUAAUUUUCCUUUACCAGGAAUGGUAGAAGUGAUUUGUUUUCAAAGCGUUGGGAUAGGAUCUUGCAGGUUUUUUGUAUAAAUGAAUCUAAAUGCUGUACUAACUACCGGUACAACUAAUUUUACCUUGACUCAACACACACUUUCAUAUUUUUACCCAUAAACAAAAAAGACUUAAAUCAACAUAGUUUUGUCACCAUGGAGUGAUUUUUUUGCAUUCCAGUCAGGAAUCCCAUUUAUUUGAUUACAUACAGAUUUUGUAUGGAUGUGCACUGGGUCAUUUUGUAGUAACAUCCAGUUGAAGGAAGGAAAAAAAUCACUGCUCGAAGUGUGCGAAGAUUUGUUACUUCAUUUUUGUGUGUCAGUGGACUUUUCUUGUCAGUUUUGCAGUAUAAAACAUUUAUGAGAAUUACUUUUGUGGUGUGCUACCAGAUGAUAUCGAAUUCUAGGGUACUAAAGUCAAACAGCUUGUUUUAUAUUAUCUUUUCCACAAACAUGUUAGAUUUAGAAUAAAUGUUGUACAGCAGGAGAAUAACAAAAUUGCGCUCUUUUAAGUAUGUAUUCGAGGUGAAAUGAUUAUAUUCUGUGUUGAUAAUAUUGUAUAUAGGUUCACAUUUAGAGGAAGAAAACAAAGUUUGUAAAUAUAUAUGUGCUAUGUAUAGAACUCUAUUUGUGUACCUAUAUAGGAAUGAUAGAAGUGAUUUCAUGAAAUAAGGUUUAAUUGCUUCAUGGUACAAAUCAAUGAGCCAGUGGUCCUAGAAAUUGAUAUGAUCCUCUCUGUGAAAACGGGGUUUAAUACUUGUGGGUAAAUGUUCGUCCAAGUUUAGCUGGUGCAGUUGGGUUAAUAAGGGACAACUUUUUUCUUUUAUGAUAUUUUUAAUAAAAGAAAGUCUCUUCAUAGCAAAAAAAAUCAGUUUAUCAGGAAAUUGUCGUCCCAGAUUAGCCUGUGCAGACUGCAUAGGCUUAUCUGGGACAACAAAUUACACACAUAAAUUAAACCCCCUUUUCACAGAAUGAGGCUCAUAUUAAAUAUGUUUUAUAAGAAGGACGUGUGCCAUCAACAAACACCACAGUGAUUUGUCCACAAAAAAAAUUUGUAUAAACAAACAAAAACUGAUCUGAAAUCACAUGUUGUCAAAAUCUUAUUCAGUUAACUAUAUUAUUAUGCUUUUCUGAUCAUUUAUAAAACCGUUAUUUGCUACUAUGUACAGCUUGUUUCAUUAUAAUACAGUUUUUGUAUUGAAACAUUCAGGCAUUUUAUUGUCUAUAUUUAAGUUAUUGCUAUUUACUAAAAAACUACAAAUUAUGAUACAGUAUUGUUUAUUCUUUUGUUUUCUUUAUCAUUUUUUGUCUUGCAUUGCCGAAGAUUGUCGUCUUUUCUUAUUAUUUAGUCUGAAAAUGCCAAUGAUUGAUUGUAUAAUAAGUCUAUAAAUCAGUUUGUCAAAUGCCUUUUUUUUAAAUCAAAUAAAAGUUAAUGCACAUUUUUAUCUUAUUCAAUACAUAUUCCUACACAUACUGCUUACAUGUACAACAAUUAACCGUAACACUUUUCAUAAAAAUUUGGUUUAUUAUUUAAUAUGGAAAAAAUACCAUGAAUAAAUUAAAAAACAAUAAAUAAAGGUUAAGCAGGAAUUUCAUCUAGACACACAAGGAAGAAUAGGAACUUAACAAUAUUUUAUAUCAAGACAUGAUUAGUUCAUUUACAUUUUAAACACUUCAUUUACAGUCAUUUUGAAAAAGAAAACAACGUAUAAUGAAGUCUGGGAAGUUAACAAUGUUUAGAUCGUAAUUGAUAAUUUGCUCUCAUUCAUGUGUCAUCUGUGUGACUUCUAAAUCAUGACACCUUUUGGUUAAAUUGUGACACCUUUGGGUUAAAAAACCGGAUUGUUUGUCAUCCAGAUAAGUAAGAAAGUGAUUUCAGUCAGAAAAUUAUCUCUGUCUUACAGUAUUUUUUGUACGCAGUAAAAAUAUGUGUAUCAUGUGAUAAAUAACAUCAACAUUUCUUUAGAUAUUAAAAGCAAAUGAAGUAAUGUACAUCCUUGUAAUUUGAAAACAUAUUUUUAUUUAUAAUUUUUUAUGACAUUGUUGCAAGAUAUUUAUUUUCUUUUUAUAAGAAGAGAACUUCUAAAACAAAAGAAGAACUUGUUAAAUAGAUUUCUGUGUCUUACUUAAUAUCCAAAUUUAAAGCUGUAAUGUCAUAGGUCAAAACUUAUUUUAUAAAAAUUAAAUUGAAAUAUUUUAUUCUGAUUUCACUGCUGUGGAGAACAUAUCAAAACUUGUUUAUAAUCACGUAUCAGUAUUAUUGUGUGUUAAUUCACUUUUAAUUGUUGUUGCUGUCAUUAACUGUACAUCACAGAAAAUUUGUGUUGUUUUUAAUUUUGUGAAUAAUAAUUGAAGACCUUUUUAUUGUUUUUGUUAUCAAAUACACAUUAAAUGUAAAAUACAUGAUAAGGACAUAGUAACAGAUAUAAAACAAAGUUAUAGAAAAAAAGAUAAAUAUUUUGAUAUUGAAUUAAGGUAGGUAUAAUUUUUCUCCAAAUUAUUUAAGUUUAAAAACUGCAAUUGUUAUCUAUAUUACGAACAUGAUGGUUUGCUUACAGUAUAACAAAGUAGCCAAAUAACCAAUAAGUUAUACAUGAUCUGUACUAUGAUAAUUUGCAAAAGUAAUGCUAGUGUAAAGGGUAAAAUAUUAUACAUUUUGAAAUUCAUAAAUGGAAAUAUUUAUUGAAGUGGUAAACAGUUCUGGUGUAAGGUCAAGUUCAUUUGGCCUGCCAAGUGUAACUGCUUAUAUAUUAUUAAUGAUUCAGAAACAGUCUUCACAAUGUACCACUUUAUAAAAUAAUAUUUGCGAUUGUUUGGGAACACCAGGCUUAAUGCAUGUGUAAAGUAUCAUCCCAAAUUAGCAGAUGCUGCCCACACAAAAUGAAGAUGCCUAGACUAGAUUUUUUGUUCAGGAGGUACUGCCUUUAAACAAAAACUCCAUAAAAGGUGAAAGUGUCGUCCCUGUGUGGACUGACUGCACAGGCUAAUCAGGGACACAACUUUCUGCACAUGCAUUAUGCCCACAUAUACCAGAGCUUGGAUUAUUGAUAUUACAAAAAAACUAUUCCAAAACAAAAAAGUGUUAAUAGCAACAAUCAUAGUGUAAUUUCCAACAUAUUUUGACUUACUUGAAUAUGGAAAUAUUUAUUUGCACAUACCUAUACAAUCAUUCAAAGGUUGAGCAAAUGCAAUAUAAAUAUGACGUCUACCAAAGAUUUUUUAGUUUAUAUUUAAUAUGGAAAUCCCUGAUUAAAAUGUUUUAUAUUAUUGUGCAUGUUUCACCAACACUCCAUUAGACAGCACAUUUUACAUACAAACUUGAGUAUUCAGUCUAUACAAUUCAUGAAGAGUAUUGCUAUCAUGAGAUAUUAACCCUUUGCAUGCUGGGAAAUUUGUCUUCUGCUAAAAUGUCGUCUGCAGAAUUUCUAAAAUUAGCAUUUCUUCGAAAAAAAAUAAAAAUUACUAUCAGAAUAGCAAACAGUUUGGAUCCAGAUGAGACGCCACGUUCUGUGGCGUCUCAUCUGGAUCCAAACUGUUUGCAAAGGCCUUCAAAAUUCGGUUCCCGCAUUGUAAGGGUUACAUUCAAUACUGCAGUAUAAACAGCUUUGAAAUCACUGGGUACUGAUGAAAAAAUAUUUCAGGAAAAAUGCAUCAUUUAAAUACCAUGUUUUCUACUUUCCUUAAUAAUGUUAGUCCCAGUUCAUGCAAAGAGGUGGGUUGCUGUUUUUCCUAAAUAUGUGCAUACUGGGCUGAAUAGUUUCAUAUAAUCUGUUAAAUCAUAAUUGAUUUGUUAUUAAUUUUCUUUCAUUAUCUUUAAGAAAUUAAGUUGAGGAGUUUAAAGGCUUGAGAUUCUAGGACCGUGAACGACUAUAUUUUUCUCUUAAAUAGUAAUUAUUUAAUGAAGACAUGCAUGUCCAUAGAAAUUGAGAUGCUUUCUCUCGAGAUGAGUAGCCCAUCUCUUAGUGUACUAAAACAGUCUUCCAAACAUAUAGUGUUUGAAACAGAUACAAUACAGCUUUCUGAAAGCAUAGGAGUUAUAAUCAAAAUAUUUGUUUAUUGAUGUUAUACUUAUCAGUUUAAUGUUUUCUAUUUAGCGUUUUGUUUCAGCUUCUUAAAAAAUAGCAAUAUGUGUUAAAUAUCAUUUGUAAACUGUUUUAGUUUUAAAUAUUUUGCUGUUGUUAAGUUUGAUAUUUUAAGACAAACUGCGAUUAAGUCACUGUGCUAUGUCGAUUAAGUCAUUGAGAUAUCUCGGCAUAUUUAAUUUAUCUUCAAAGACGUAAGUGUAUUGUUUAAUUGUGGGAACAUUUGCAUAAUCAAGUAGCAACGUAUUUGUGAAUUCGGUAUUGUGGAUCACUAUUGUUUAAUUAUUGUUCAUUAAAUGUCAAAAUUAUCAAGUUUAACGGAAAUAGUAAUUACAUUGUUCAAUCAAACUAAGAAUACAUUAUUUUGAAUAAAAAUCACAAUUAAAUGGUUUUAAUGUUUGCGUUACGCAUAUUUGCAAUUAAGACAAUUUGCUAUUCAUUGUGCCAAUUUUAGAAUGAUGGAUGUAGUAUUAUUUGUUUAAGUCAAUUUUAAUAUCAAAUUUGAAUGCAAAUUGCAAGAAGUGUCUGAUAAAAAUUAACAUUUUAAUAACUAUUCUAACUAAUUAAUCAUAUGCCCAUGAAAUUCUAUGAUCAAAUGCUAUUUUAAUCAUGUACUUGAAAGGUCAUCCUUCAUAUUAUUUAAUUUCCUCAUUCUACCAAACCGUCCAUUCAAAACCAAGCAUGAGCAUCUUUUUAUCAACCAAUGAGUAAAGGAACGAGGAAAUCUUGCAAUUUGUGAUGCUGUUUUCUGAUGUUUAAAAAAGACAUUGAAGUGGGUAUGUUUGAUUUUCCAAUGAAUGCUAUCAGCAUAAGAGAAACAUUCGCAAAUGAAUUUUAACAGGAAUACAUACUAUGUUGGCUUAACAGUUUAAAAUUAUUUGAUGAGUUAAAAAUUAAUCAAAUAUCUAUUUCACAUAUAUUCUUGUAUUAUGCUACAUUGUCUGAUGUAGGAUGGCCUAUACACACUUCAUGUCCAAACUUGCGGAAUCUCACAAGUAUUAUAGAAGGGUAAAUAACAUAGCAUACAUCAGAAGCUCAUGUUCCUUAUUAUAUAAUCCACUUCUACUAAAGAUUGAAAAAUAAUAAGCUUAAAUCUUAUUUGAUUAUCUUUUGAAAAAAAAUGCCCUUUAUAUGAGCAGUUGUAGUCAUAUUUCUUGACAAGUCUCUCAUUUGAACUGAUUUGCCAAGAAAUAUAUAAAACAAUAUGUUUAUGUAAAAAAUAUUUGAUGAUUAAUAAGGAAAUUGAUUUGAAAUUUAAUUUUGAAAUAAGGAUUCUUAGGAUAAACUGUUGCUUUGUACAACACCUUGAAACUGUUUGUUUGUCUGUCUGUAUUUCACUUAAACUACUGUUUUAUGUAUAGUCAUGCUAUGGUGAACAAGAACAGAGAAAUAAACUUUAAUUUUUGUAUGUUAAAAUACAA